AUGUCAUCAUCGUCCACCUUAACAUUGUCAAUGGAUGGAGCGUCACUACAUAGAAGCACUGACAGCCAGUUGGAAACGACAAUCAAAGAGUUGAAUCAGAGGCUUGAACAAGAAAAGAUGAAACAGGCAUCAAUAGAGCGAGAGAAUUUGGAGUUGAAGAGACGUCUACAAGAGAUACAGAAGGUACAAGAGCCACAAACAACAAGUUCAGCUCUAUCACAGGCACAACAAGGUCAGCAACAUACUGGAAAUGUCACUCCACCUGCUUCACCACCCGUCCAUGGCACAGUCGAUCACAAGGACAUCCAGCAGACAAUAUCAAAGUUUGAGGAACAGGUACUACAACUUAAAGAGGCACUUACAAAGAGAGGUCCUUCGAGCGAUUCGUCGUCGUCUCGACCAACAUCCAGUUUGCCACGCGCGUCAACUUCAACCUCCACUUCCACUUCACAACACACUGCUUAUACAACUGCACCUGGCAGUGUCCAACAUCUACUACUUCAAAGUAAGGUGGACACUUUCGAACAGAAGUUGUCAUCAAUAAGGAACAUUCUGGUUGACCUGUCUGGUCAGGCCAGAUCAUCCACGGCGGCAACGGUCGACUCAAAUGAAAAGGUCGAGGACGCACCACCACUGGCGUUGGCAAGCACGAAUGGCGACGAGAAGUUGGCCGAGCAAACACAAGAACAAGAUGUGGAAGAGCAUGAGGUGAAGGAUGGAGCAGCGACAAUUGUAUAUAAGAAUAACGAGGUGGAGAGCGACAUGGAGAAUGAGGUGGAGAAUGAGGAGGAAGAUGUUGUUGAACAGAAGAAACAACAUGAUAGUGUACAUACAGAAUCAACUACAACUGUGGCCAUUGGUGUGGCCGAGCCAGAGCCAGCGUCAGAGACAGAGACAGACCAAGCAACAAACGCAAACACAAACACAAGAUCAAACAACGAAGAGAUGAUAGCUAAACUGUUAUCGGCACAGGUGGAGGUUGUCAAGCAAAGUGGAUCGGUGCUGAGGUCAUCGAUCAUUGAUAUGUUUGAUGUGUCAUCGCUACCAGAUGUACCCAUGACUACUCCAGUGAUGGGACAUGCACGUGGCAGCACAGGAUCCAAUCACUCACAGUCGUCCAAGGACCGAGACUCCAUCUCAUCAUCCUCAUCCAAGCACAGUCCAAUACUUCCACGCGAUAGACAUAACAGUAACAACAGUACCAGCAAUAACAGUAAUAGCAAUAGUAAUAGCAACUACUCUCCAAAUACAUCUGCUGGCUCAAUUCAUGGUCAUGGUCAUGGUCAUGGUAGUCAAGGCAGCCAUGGAAUGCUCAGCAGUAUUAGCAGUAGCAACGAAGAGGCCAAUGAGGCGGUCACUACAUUCAGCAUGAAGGUUGUCUCGUUGAAUGAGAAUGUGGUCAAGGAGGGCAUACUCAAGAAGAAGGGUGGUGGCGAAGGCGGCCGCCGCAAUUGGACGACCAGAUGGUUCCGGCUCAAGGUGGACACGCUGGCCUACUACAAGAAGCGCACGGGUACCUCGCCCAAGGGUGUGAUCAAGCUGAAAGGCGCACGAGUAGAGACUCACAGUGGCAAGCCAUUUGGAAUCGUACUGCUAUCCGGCAUGAAUGAGAAGAACAUCGUGCGUGACUACUUAUUAAUGGCAUCAUCAAAGAAGGAACAAGAGGAAUGGAUUGUCGCCAUCAACGAUGUCAUUACAAAACUAGCACUUGGCACUCCAUCAACCAGUAGUGCCACCACUCUAAUAUCGACUACAAUAACUAAUAACAAUCACAAUAAACAACAAUGA